AUGGAAUACGAUCAGACGGAAUACGAAGGUGAUACCUACUACAAUAACUAUAAUGAAGAUAGAUAUAGUGAUGCCGAUCCGUACGAGCCUAAAAUGCCUGACAUUAUCAAGAAAUUUUUACUGUACUUCAGGAAUGCCAUAAAUGAAGGAAUGGUGUAUGAAAUGCAAAAUUUAUAUGAAAAUACGUUUCCAAAAUUAUCCGAUCAAUUUUUUGACAAAGCUCCAUGGCCUAGUGAUAAAGAAGUCCGUACCAUUAUGGACGAUGAUAAAACCUUCUUGAUGCUGUACAAAGAACUGUACUAUCGACAUAUUAUUGCUCGUGUACCAAAUGGACCUUCAACAAAGCAACGUUUUGGAUCAUUUUACAAUUACUGUGAUCUAUUCAAUUAUAUCUUUACUUGUGAGACUCCAGUACCAUUAGAAUUACCUGAACAAUGGUUAUGGGAGCUUGUUGAUGAGUUUGUGUAUCAAUUCCAAUCCUUUACUCAAUUUCGGUCUCGUAGUCGAAAAACACAAGAAGAAAUUGAUAUGCUUGCUUCUAACAAUGAAGUAUGGAAUGUCUUGUUGGUUUUAAAUGUUCUGCAUUCAUUUAUUAAUAAAUCUAAUAUCAAACUACAAUUGGAAGUUACUGCAAGUGGAGGAGAUCCAGAUUCUGUAGCUGGAGAGUUUGGCCGUCAUUCUUUAUAUAAAAUGUUGGGUUAUUAUUCAAUGAUUGGACUAUUGCGCUUACAUAGUCUUUUUGGAGAUUAUUAUUUAGCCAUUAAGGUUUUGGAAAACAUUGAUAUGCAUAAAAAGAACGCAUAUAGUUCAGUACCAGCAUGCCACAUUUCUACAGCAUACUAUGUUGGAUUUGCUUACAUGAUGAUGCGUCGUUAUUCUGAUGCGAUUCGUACAUUUAGUUCAAUUUUGUUGUAUAUACAAAGAACAAAACAGCUCUUCCAAACUCGCACAUAUCAGAAUGAUCAAAUUAACAAACAGACUGAUCAGAUGUACACAUUAUUAGCUAUGUGUUUAGUGUUACAUCCACAAUGUGUUGAUGAGUCAAUUCAGCAAGUAUUACGUGAAAAGAACUAUACUGACAGGAUGUUCAAAAUGCAAUAUGGUGAUUUACAAGAGUUUGAAAACUGUUUCCAGCUGGCUUGUCCUAAAUUCUUGUCAAUGGACCCAGCUGAAGAUUCAGUUAAGGAAGCAGUAAAAUAUCAAACUGCUGUUUUUAUGUCUGAAGUUAAACAACAAAAAAUGUUGCCUACAAUUCGCAGUUAUUUGAAAUUAUACACAACCCUGCCAAUCAAUAAAUUGGUGACAUUCAUGGCACAAGGACAACAAGGUCAACAUGAAAGUAAUGAACCUACCGAUGAUAAAGAAAAUUUGACUAAACAUUUAUUGUGUUUUAAACACAAAAUGAAGAAUAUUGUAUGGAAUAAAGGUGCAUCUGGAUUAGAUGGAUACUUCCAUUCAGGAUCUGAGUUGGACUUUUAUAUUGAUCGUGAUAUGAUACACAUAGCAGAUACCAAAGUUGCUCAUCGUUAUGGCGAUUUCUUCAUAAGAAAAGUAUUGAAAUUUGAAGAGCUUAAUCGUAAGCUAAAAGCUAUAAAGGUUUAAAUUAAAAUACAUUUUUUUGUAACAUACUAUAAUAAUAAUACUUUAUUAUGUAACUAAUAUAUACAUUACAUUUUUUGGUCAUUACUUUUAUUAUGUUCAGAUUAAAACAUUAAAUUGUAUGAAAAAUUAUGUAUGAAGUCUAUUAUACUCAUUAAAGAAUUGACUUUUUUUUAUUAAAUCCCAUACUUUGGCACAAUAGUGAAACCUGUGAAAAUAUUAAAUCUUAGUCAUAAGGUACACAAACAAGUUCAUUAUACAUUAAGUUAUGUUUUAUAUAUGCAGUUUGUAGUUAUAAUUGAAAACAUUCAAUAUCUAAGUUA